CCCGGGCUAUUCCGCAUAAGUAGCGUUCCUCCCUCGGCUCGUCUGGUCUCCCUCUCUCCGAGAAGCGUGUAAGAUGGAGGUUGUAAAUCAGCUUGUGUCCAAUGGGGAGUUCAGAGUCCUCAAAAUGCCCCUCGGGUUCAUCAAGGUAUUACAAUGGGUCUUUUCCAUCUUCGCGUUCGCUACGUGUGGCAGCUACUCGGGAGAAUUCCGGCUGAGCGUCGACUGCAAGAACAAGACUGAGAGCGACCUGAACAUCAAGGUGGAGUUCGACUAUCCCUUCAGGCUGCACCAGGUGUACUUCGACGCUCCGACCUGCAGGGGGCCGGAGGAGCGCAUCUUCUUGGAGGGGGAUUACUCCUCCUCCGCAGAGUUCUUCGUCACCGUCGCUGUCUUAGUCUUCCUCUACUCCCUCGCUGCCCUCGUCACCUACAUCUUCCUCCAGGCCAAGUACCGAGAGACCAACAAGGGGCCCAUCAUCGACUUCUUGGUUACCGUGGUGUUUACGUUCCUGUGGCUGGUCAGCUUGUACGUCUGGGCGAAGGGUCUGACUGAUGUGAAGGACGCCACGGACCCCGAGCACGUGAUGACCCUGAUCAAAGCAUGCAAGAUCGAGGGGAACAAGUGCAGCGAGAAACAUGGCCCCGUCAUGUCAGGACUCAACACCUCCGUGGUUUUCGGGUUCCUGAACUUCGUUCUCUGGGUUGGUAACCUGUGGUUUGUGUUCAAGGAGACCGGCUGGAUCGCCCCCUUCAUGCGCCACCCUCCCCCCUCCCAGGAGAAGCAGCUGGCCCCUGAGAGCUUCGGGGCCCCGGGCUACGUGCAGGAACCCCAGGGGUACGGCCAGCCAGACCCCUACUCCCAGGGGGGCUACCAGCCAGACUACGGGCAGCAGGAGGGGUACAACCAAGGAGGGGAGUACAACCAGCAGGGGGCGCCCACCUCAUUCGCCAACCAGAUGUGAGAGGAGAGGCUGGUAAGCAGCGCUGGGUGAAUUGUGGGAGUGUUGUAUCUGUGGGGGGGGGGGGGGGGAAGGGGGGGGGCAUAAACAAAAACUACAAAAAAAACGAAUAAGCCAAGUGGGGCUUUGAAAAGGUUGACUAGCUUAUGAAUCAAGUGUGAUGUUUACAUAUCGACGCGGGGCGGGCUGGGAAAAAUGAAUCCAAAAAUAUUUUAAAGAAAUGACAACGAACCAAAAUUAAAAAUACAUAAUUAAUAAUAAUCAGUGUGUGAGAGUGGAACGAAGCUGUUCAUAAAUAUAAUUAUGAUGAACACAUAUUUAUAUAUGUAUGUAUAUGUAUGUAUGUAUAUAUGUAUGUAUGUAUAUAUAUAUAUAUAUAUAUAUAUAUAUGUUUGGAAUCGUUGGAUUAUAUUUCAAUUUUAAAUUCAAACUAAAUACGGUGAUGUUCAUAACAAUGAUUUCUGAACAUGUUAAAUAAAAAAUGACAAACUGUGCUUUCGCAGGUUUUCAGUUGGAGUGUUCCUAAUCUUCUUCGUGUUUCAUCCAAAGUUCAUUUAUUUAAAUCCCCCAGUCUCCUGGGACUCAAAGGCAGGCUUACUAUCGCUUCAACCAGCCCAGGGAAUCCAGUUGUAAGGAUAGAUUUGUAGAUAAUAUAUUUAAUAUAUCGAGACGGUGGUCUGUUGAAAUGCCCCCGAGCCGGCUAUGCAUUCUCUGAUUUCUGGUUCAGAUCGCUGGUGUGCAGGCAUGGAUUCAGACUGACCAGGAACUGGAAUUCGGGGAUUGAUUGAUUUUGAGGAAUUGGAAAGGGAAUCGCCAGCAGAAUGUCUCUGUGCUGUUCCACAGGGGUGGCGGGUUUUGUUUUCUUGUUUGUUUUUCAGUUUUCUGUAGAGCUGGGACAGGCAUUCCCGUUACUAACGCACAGCUUUGUACAAACUGACCUUCGUCCCUAUCGACUCCUGCAGCACCUUCUAAAUUAAUAUUAUUAACGAGUCAUUCAGCAGACGCUGUUAUCCAGAGCGACUUACAGAGACUAGGGGGGGUGAACUCUGCAUCAUCAACAACUGCUGCUGCUGCUGCUGCAGAGUCACUUCCAAUAGGAGCUCGUUUGUUUGACGUCUCGUCCGAAGGACGGAACACAAGGAGGUGAAGUGACUUGCUCAGGGUCACCCGCACGCAUGCACGCACACAGGGAGUCAGUGGCUAAGCUGGGAUUUCAACCUCCUGGUAUCGAGCCCCUUUCUUUGACCACUGGAUCCAGCAAGCCUCUAGAUUCAAUGCUAAAUGCACAAAUAUCAUGCAAACCCACGAAUACAUGAAUAAAUAACACACUCUCAUAAUGUAUCUGUAAUCUACUGGAGAGAGCUGACCUACCUAAGGAGGGACUUUGAUGGGCUGGGAAUCAGACUCCCGUUGCACAGCACUGUGAUCCAGUCCUGGUUUCACUAGGAGUUUAAUAAUCAGACACACCUGAGCUUGUUAGCUAGACACACUGGGGGCUGAUCAAGCUGGUAGUAAAACCUGGACUGGGUGACACUGCUGUGCAAUAGGAGUCUGAUUCCCAUCGUUGGAGUUAUAACAUGGUAUUUGUAAUUAAACAUUCAUUCCAUUCAAACUGAAAGAUAAAAUAUAUUCAGAUGUUUUUAUAAGAAAUAUUCAAGCAUGGGAAAAAACGCUAAAACAAAUAUAUCUAUCUAUCUAUCUAUCUAUCUAUCUAUCUAUCAAUGCAGUUAUAUGUUUGGCCCAGCACUACAAUUUAGGGAACAAAAAUAAUCACAAUAAUAAAAAAUAAAAAAGCCCUGUAAGACUGACUUGGUGUAAUACACGAUUUCUCUCUCUCUCUCUCUCUCUCUCUCUCUCUCUCUCUCUCUCUCUCUCUCUCUCUCUCUCUCUCUCUCUCUCUCUCUCUCUCUCUCUCUCUCUCUCUCUCUCUCUGAUCCUCGUGUAAAUAUCUGCUAUAUAAAAUACUCUGUGCGGUGUGUUUGUGAUUUUAAACAAUGCCUCCUGGUGUGUUGUGUUAAUUGUGCAUUUACUGUGUUAUUAAAAUUAAUACCAAGAUGAUGAUGAUGAUGGUGGUGUUUAAAUUUAAAUCUAUAUGGUGGACUCUGAUUAAAAAAAACUGAAAUAAAAAAUGAUAAAAUUGAAA